UUAAUAAUCGAUCAGUGAGAGAGAGAGAGAGAGAGAGAGAGAGAGAGAUGGAAAGGCAGCGUGAGCAGGAUAGUGAAGCAGCCAUGCCAUCGAGAGCCGUUGAAGUUGUAAGCAAUCGUAUAGCACCAGCACCUCAUGUUGAUGAUGGUUUCUCCAGUCACAAGAAACCCAGGUGGAGGGACUUUCUAUCCCAUGUAGGUCCUGGUUUUUUGGUGUCCAUGGCUUACCUUGAUCCUGGAAACUGUAACUCUCUCUCUCUCUCUCUGCGCGCCUGCGUGCGUGUGUUUUCUAUAAUCUGUAUAACUAUUUGUAUGUUCGUUUGCUGUAAUCUAGUGGAAACUGACCUGCAAGCUGGAGCUAACCACAGAUAUGAGCUGCUAUGGGUGAUACUUAUUGGGUUAUUUUUUGCUCUCAUUAUUCAGUCAUUGGCGGCAAAUCUUGGUGUAACCACCGGGAAGCACCUUUCAGAGUUAUGUAAAGUGGAGUACCCAUCACUAGUGAAGUACUGCUUAUGGCUGCUGGCUGAGAUUUCUGUCAUAGCUGCGGAUAUAGCCGAAGUUGUUGGCACAGCCUUUGCGCUCAACAUACUGUUCCACAUCCCACUAUGGGCAGGAGUUCUCUUGACAGGCUUCUCCACUCUUUUGCUUCUUGGUCUCCAGAGAUUUGGCGUUAGGAAGCUGGAACUGCUGAUAACAACUCUAGUAUUUAUAAUGGCAGGAUGCUUCUUUGCGGAAAUGAGCUAUGUAAAACCACCAGCUUCUGAUGUAUUGAAAGGAAUGUUUGUCCCUAGGCUUGAUGGUCAUGGAGCCACUGCUGACGCCAUUGCCCUUUUUGGAGCACUCAUAAUGCCGCACAACCUCUUUCUCCAUUCUGCUCUUGUGCUCUCUAGAAAAGUACCCAACUCUGUCCGUGGCAUCAAUGACGCAUGUAGAUACUUUCUAAUAGAAAGUGGGUUUGCUCUGUUUGUAGCAUUUCUAAUAAACAUAGCAGUGGUUUCAGUAUCAGGCAAAGUAUGCUCAGCAAAUAAUCUUUCAGCUGGAGAUAUAGAAAAAUGCGACGAUCUCUCCCUUGAUUCUGCCUCUUUUCUUCUCAAGAAUGUGUUGGGAAGGUCCAGCUCAACAGUGUAUGCCAUAGCACUUUUGGCCUCUGGACAAAGCUCUACCAUCACUGGAACCUAUGCAGGGCAGUACAUCAUGCAGGGAUUCUUGGAUUUGAGGAUGAAAAAAUGGAUGCGGAAUUUGAUGACUAGGAGUGUUGCCAUAGUACCUAGUCUUGUCGUUGCUGUUAUCAGCGGGUCUUCGGGUGCGAGCCGCCUUAUUAUCAUUUCCUCGAUGAUACUUUCAUUUGAACUUCCAUUUGCUUUGAUUCCACUGCUCAAGUUCAGCAGCAGCAGCACCAAGAUGGGACCUCACAAGAAUUCUAGAAUCAUCAUUGUAAUUUCAUGGAUCCUGGGCUUGGGAAUCAUUGGCAUCAACGUGUACUACCUAAGCACAGGUUUUGUGGAGUGGCUAAUUCACAGCAGUCUCCCGAAAGUGGCAAACGUUAUCAUUGGGAUCAUAGUAUUUCCUCUUAUGGCCAUUUAUGUUGUUGCCGUUAUCUACCUCACCUUCAGACACGACACUGUCGAUACAUUCAUAGAGACUCAGAACGACUCUCCAGAGCCAACCCACAUGGAAUUGGGUCCAAUUCCUUUUAGAGAGGAUUUAAGGGAUAUCCAACUUCCAGACUAAGGAUUUACCAAGAAGCUUCCUAGCUAUGUGUGAUUGUAACUGUCUUCAAAGUAGUUAGAUGAAGCUUUCAGUUUUUUAAUGUUUACUCGUGCGAUCAGGGAUGCCCAAAUGAAGGCCAAUAAAUUAAGAAGCAUGUGUUAAGUUCUAACAGUACAGUUUGGCUUGAGAAUAUUGACAUGCUAUAUUCGAUGAAUACAAUGAUUUGUCUUAUGUUUCCUUUUUCCGCCUCCUUC